UGGAACUAUCACGUUCCGGCGUCAUGGGUCGUUCACGUGGUAAGUCGAUUCUUUGCGGGAAGGCCCGGCAAUGGGACUAGAUCCGUUCGUUUAUAUCCAGCCUUGGAGGGUCGAAGAACAAUGGUUCUAGUAAAGAAAGCAGAAAAUCGUCGGGCAAUGUUACGCCAGUGGCCAACGCAACUCUGUCCGAUACACCACCCCGGUGGCAAACCACUCCCCCCCGAUACACCAUCUCCUCCAACCGGAUUAUCACCCGUGAGCUCUGGGCCACGGGGUGGAACUGGCUCACGACCGGCGUCCAUGAUUGUCUCACGCAACCCACCUCUCAUGCAGCAGGAGGGCGAUACCCCACCGGAACUCUCGCCAAUAUUUUCAUUUCUCAACAUCCACACAAACAAGGUCUAUCAUGAAGGAUACUUCUUAAAACUGAAUGAUCAGGAUUCUCACGGACGGCCCUGCGGUGAUCGGCAAUGGGUGGAAUGCUACGCACAACUAGUCGGAACUGUUCUUUCACUAUGGGAUGGUGCUGCGCUGGACGCAGCAGGUGGUGAAGAAGUACCGGCGACUUUUAUCAAUUUGGCCGAUGCGUCUAUCAAGAUGCUGGAGACUCUUCCGAUUCAGAAUGGAGCGAUAGCACCUUUGAAGAACGUCCUCAGCGUUUCUUCUGCGGGCAAGAAUAGAUACCUUUUGCAUUUUAAUUCUUUCAAUUCACUAACCCAAUGGACUGCGGCAAUUCGUCUUGCAAUGUUCGAACACACAUCUUUGUACGAAGCUUACACUGGGUCACUGAUUGCAGCGAAAGGAAGAAGUCUCAACGGAAUCAACACCAUCCUAGCACCCACAAAAUUCAAGUAUGAAGAUUGGGCCCGUGUGCGAUUUGGAGCAGGCACCCCGUGGAGACGGUGCUGGUUUGUGAUCUGCCCGCCAGACGAAAAAGAGCUCCAAAAAGCGCGCAAACUUAUGAAGAAAUCAGCAUACGACCGCCUGUCCAUUCCCGUUACCGGAAACAUCAAGUUUUACGAGACGAAGAAGACGAAAAAGGCGACUCCCAUUGCAACGAUUACCCAGGUUUACUCGGCAUAUGCAAUUUAUCCACAGUCUAAGGCUUUAAUCGAUGCAUCCACCCUGGUGAAAUUGGAAGGACGGAUUACCACUCAUUCACCUGAUUCUUCCUCAGAAGGACUUGUUUUUAUCAUGCCUGAGCCGCACGCUGCGGUUUCUGGAUUCGAGAUGAUGCUGCGCUUCCUUUUCCCGACGUUCGACACUUUCAAUCUCUAUGGCCGUCCUACUCGCCUGGUGGCGGACACUAAUCACAUCAAGAGCAUCAUGUUUGCUUUUCCCAAGGAGCGACGCUACGGCUAUCUUGAUGUGCUGGACAUUGCCAGUCUUCUUCAAACCCCCGGAAGCCAAGAAUGGAGCGAAGCUCAAUGGAGGAAACAACUCAAAGAGGCAACACAGCGUCGACUCUCAUCCGGCAGGACUAGAACCAAUAGUGUCAACAGCGUGAGACCUCGCUAUCGCUCGAUGUCUGGCCGACACAGCGAUGUUCCCGUGGACUCCACUCGCCGCCAGUUUGCUGGUCCCGAGAGCAAAUCCGAAUUCAGCCAUUCUACCGAGGCUAUCAUCCAUGAAGUCCCCCAAAACGAGGGCUCACCCGUUGCGUAUCACAACCGCGGGCUUUCUGAUACCACGGGCCUCAAGGCUAGCUCUCAGCUAGGCCAUGAAACUUUAUUCGAAAGCUCACCUGACUCAUCCUCUCAAGAUCUGGCUCACCGUGGUCUUCCCGCGGUCGCUCCUAUCGCUGAGAGUACCAGCUCCGGAAGCGAUCCAAAUCUGGGCCAUUUUCAUGGCUUGUCAGUCGAGGAACAGCUCCCUCCACGCACCCCACCAGCUCCUGUUGCAAACCCGCCCGAAUUUUCACAUGGGCCCAAAGAGAUGCCCACUCACCGGCCAGAGGCUUCUUCGGAACAGAGGUUAGCAAACAACCGGAUGUCUCACGCAACACUUUCCCAACUCACAUCGGUCGGAACGAUGGGGCUGAGUGCGGCAGCUGCCGGAGCUGCAUGGAAGAGUCACCAAGCACAGACUGCGAACAAACAACAGCCCCAAGACAAGAACCUGAACAGUGUCCACAAAUCCGACCCCAUUGCGUCCACAAAUUCUCUUGCAACUUCAUCAAGCGACGAGGACCUCGGCCUUGCAUUCCCUGUUCGACCUCCCCCAGUUCCGCAGCAUCGCCCGAACACACCUAGUACCACCAGCAGUCCACAGCGGUUUUCUCCCCUGCAGGAUUCCCCUCUAAGGAAGCAAGUUGACACCAACAAAUCCGUGCGACGCAAGCCACUCCCUCAGCAAAACCUCUUCGGGGCAGAGCCACCUUCACCAAGCGAGCCUAGUUACGAUGAUCUUCGCCAUACCCUUGAUGAAGAUGCACUGAAUAAAAUUGCCCCUCAUCUUCCAUCCCCAGUCUCAUCUACUGGAAAGAGAAACGACCACGAGGACGAGAGCAUUUAUGAUGAUGCAUCAACGGUUUCGCCUGACUAUGCUAGCACCCACGGCUCCGUCUACAGCAAGAAAUCCACUGCGUCUACCAAACCCAGAAUGGGUGUCAUGAAGACCGUCGGAGUCCCAGCGGUUAAGGAUUAUGUUAUUGGCGAUGCCCAUUAUACUAUGGAUAAGCCCCCAACAUCGAACCCGGAUAUCCCCACUGUUGACUUCGGCCCAACAAUGACUUAUAUGCCUACCACCGGGCGCCCAACCACAUCAGAUGCCCUGAAAAGACCAGGUCAUCAACGCAACGAUUCAUCGGGAACCAAAUUUUCAAUUCCUACUCAAGCAAUUGACCAGGGUAAUGCGCGGCCUUCCAGUCGAGACGAAUUUCGACGGAGUGUCCUGUGGCAGCCUGGCAUGGCUUCUGGUCGCCCUGUCACUCCAGUGCAACGCCCGGUAUCUGGUGACUGGGCACAAUAUGCCCGUCCCAAUUCGCCCAUGAACACCCAGCGGGAUCCCAACUAUCGACCCUCGUCCCGCGGUGCCCAGAGUAUGCUUAUGCAACACAACGAUGCUUCGACUACUCUUUCCGCCCGUGAGCAGGAGCACGUUGCCCGCAUGACUGGCUCAUCAUUCUUCAACUUGUCAAGUGACAACCGGAAACCCCAGGCGCCGGUCAACCCCAUGGGCCUUGUUUCGCACAUCGAUGCUCGGGAGCGCGAGAAGCGUGAAAUAAGGGAGGGAAUGUCGAAUCAGGCGGUUCAGCAGGCCAUCGCGCACCGUCAGCAACACAUGAUGCAGCAGCCUAUGAUGUACCAGCAACAGUAUGCUCCUCAGCAGUUCUCCCCGCCGUUCGCACCUCAGAUGCAGCCCCAACAAGCUGGCUCUGUGUAUCCCUCCUCUGUGUAUCCGUCUCAACAUGUUCGUCAUGAGUCCAUGUACAACAUUCCGGCUGCCAGCCACACAUGGGAUGCCCUUAACCAGACGAUCCGCCCCGAUGAACCCCGUCGAUCGUCCUGGUACGGACAGCUUUCGCAGGCUCCUCAAACGCCGCCUGGCUAUCAACAACAAAGCCAGCCCUACGGUCAAGAGCAGAGGUACUACAGCUAUGCCAAAUAG